CGUGUAAACCGAAAAGGAGCAGGUUUUAGAGAAUAAGCACCUGGUCUUCAAUAUAUACAAGCCUUCAGUACCUUAGACGAAUAAUUUUAAAGAGCCACAAUCGUAGUUCUCCGUAUACUCUCCAACACGAGCGUCAUAUACGGAGAAACUACCCCUGAAGACAAGAGAUAAGAGUUGAAGGGUAGUUUCUGGAUAAGUAUAAUUAGUUUCCUCCCUCAUUCAUCACUUCAUGUCAUUUGAGAAUCACGUACAGGCACAGUCUAGCCCUCCAGCGAAAAAACGUCGCGUAGAGAACCACUUUCAAGAAGUAGAAAUGGCUGACUCUACUGAAAAGGAGAUUGAUGAAGGAUUGUACUCACGUCAAUUGUAUGUAUUGGGUCAUGAUGCCAUGCGUAAGAUGGGUGCCUCUAAUGUACUUAUUGCUGGUAUGAAAGGACUUGGAGUUGAAGUUGCUAAGAAUGUUGUAUUAGCAGGAGUUAAGUCAGUAACUAUUUAUGAUCCAGACACUAUUGAGCUACCUCAUCUCUCAUCACAAUUUUUCUUUACUGAAAAUGAUGUUGGUAAGAACACAGCUGACGUGUGUCAGCCUCAUCUGUCAGAACUCAAUUCAUACGUACCAGUUGACGUAUUGAAGGGAGAAUUGUCAGAAGAGAAACUGAAGAAAUAUCAAGUAGUUGUACUCACUGAUUCUAGUUUAACUGAUCAGGUGAGGAUUGGAGAAUUCUGUCAUUCAAAUGACAUCAAAUUCAUCGUGUGUGACACCAAAGGACUCUUUGGACAAGUGUUUUGUGAUUUUGGUAAUGAAUUCAUAGUGUCUGAUAUUGAUGGAGAGCCUCCAGUCUCUGUACUCAUAUCUUCAGUAACAAAAGAUACAGAGGGAGUGGUCACAUGCUCGGACGAGACCAGGCACAACCUUACCGGAGAGGAUUAUGUAACAUUCAAAGAAGUUGAAGGAAUGACUGAACUCAAUGGCUGCCAGCCCCGACCAGUUAAAGAAUUAGGUCCCUAUACAUUCUCUAUUGGUGAUACGACUGGUUUUAGUGACUAUGUUAAAGGAGGUGCUGCUGUUCAAGUUAAAAUGCCAAAGACAUUUAAAUUUAAAUCCAUUAAUGAGUCGUUGAAUGAACCUGAGUUUUUGAUAUCCGAUUUUGCAAAGUUUGAACGACCAGCACAACUUCAUAUUGGAUUCCAAGCUCUUCAUUCUUAUAAGAGUAAGUGUGGUUGCUUGCCACGUCCUUACAACAGAGAAGAUGGUGCUAAGUUUCUUGAAGUUGUCAAGGAAGUCAAUACUGCUGCAGUUGCUAAAGUAGAAGAGAUUGAUGAGAAAUUGAUGAUGAAGCUAUCAUACUUAUCCAGAGGUGACUGUAGUCCAAUGCAAGCUGUAAUAGGAUCCAUCACUGCACAGGAAGUUAUGAAGGCUUGCAGUGGUAAAUUCUCUCCUCUUGUCCAGUGGUUUUAUUUUGAUGCUCUCGAGUGUUUGAGUGAAGAGGAAGGAGGGGAUGAGUUACCAGAGGCAGCUGCUGUUCCUCAGGGCAGUAGGUAUGAUGGACAGAUUGCUAUAUUUGGAUCAGACUAUCAAAAGAAACUGGAACAGUUGAAAUAUUUCAUAGUAGGAUCAGGUGCUAUCGGCUGUGAAUUGUUAAAGAACUUUGCUAUGAUUGGGAUUGGUGCUGGCCCAAAUGGUAAAGUGUUUGUAACAGAUAUGGAUCAUAUUGAGAAGAGCAAUCUUAACAGGCAGUUUCUAUUCAGGUCAUGGGACAUUCAGAAACCAAAGAGUACAGUUGCUGCUAACUCAGUUAAAAGAAUGAAUCCUUCUUUAAAUAUUGAGGCUCAGCAGAACAGAGUAGGAGUAGAUAGUGAAGAUAUUUAUAAUGAUGAUUUCUUUGAGUCUUUGGACGGAGUCUGUAAUGCACUGGAUAACGUUGAUGCCCGUCUGUACAUGGAUAGGAGGUGUGUCUAUUAUCGCAAGCCUUUGCUGGAAUCAGGUACUCUUGGUACCAAAGGAAACGUUCAGGUUGUACUGCCCAAUACAACUGAGAGCUAUGGAUCAUCACAAGAUCCUCCAGAGAAGACAGUGCCAAUAUGCACUCUCCACAACUUCCCUAAUGCCAUUGAGCACACACUACAGUGGGCUAGAGAGAAGUUUGAAGAGUUGUUUGCUCAACCUCCUGACAUCGUUUGUCAAUAUUUAAGUGAUCCAGCUGGAUUUCUUGCAAGGGUUCACAAAGGAGCUGGCAAUGAACCUUUAAUGACUCUUCGUACGUUAAAGACAGCUGCAGUUGAUAAAAGGCCAACUAAAUUUCCCGACUGUGUAGAAUGGGCCAGACUAUUAUUCCAGGAGUAUUAUUAUAACACGAUAGCACAAUUGCUCCACGUGUUUCCUCCUGAUCAUAAGACUACUACUGGUCAGCCAUUUUGGUCGGGACCUAAACGCUGCCCAACUCCUAUUAAAUUUGAUCCUAAUGAAGAUCUUCAUUUGCAGUUCAUUGUUGCUGGUAGUAUAUUAUAUGCUGAGACUUACAAUAUCAAACCAGUUAAAGAUAAAGAAGAAAUAAGACGAAUGGCCACUGCUGUUGUAGUUCCACCCUUUGUUCCUAAAUCAGGUGUCGUAAUACAUACAACUGAUGCUGAGGCCCAAGCUGCUUCCAAUGCUGUUACUAGUGAUACAGAUGAAAUGACUGCCAUUGAGAACUCACUCCCUUCUCUCCAGGAGCUAAAGGACCUCAAAAUGACACCAUUAGACUUUGAAAAAGAUGAUGAUACUAACUAUCACAUGGACUUUAUUGUUGCUUGUUCUAAUUUAAGAGCUGGUAAUUAUAGUAUUGAACCUGCUGAUUAUCACAAGAGUAAAGGUAUUGCUGGUAAGAUUAUUCCUGCAAUUGCUACAACUACUUCACUGGUUGUUGGUCUGGUCUGUUUGGAACUUUAUAAGUUGGCCAAUGGCAACAAGAAGAUUGAGACGUUCAAGAAUGGAUUUAUUAACCUGGCACUCCCUUUCUUUGGAUUCUCAGAACCAAUGCCAGCACCAAAGAAGAAAUAUUAUGAUAAAGAAUGGACACUGUGGGAUAGGUUUGAUAUUCAAGGAAGGAAAGAGGACGGAUCUGAAAUGACACUAGGAGAAUUCUUAGAUUUAUUCCAAAAUGAUCAUCGUCUUGAUAUUUCAAUGCUUUCUUAUGAUGUCUCAAUACUCUACUCAUUCUUCAUGCAGAAAGCUAAAGUUACAGAGAGAAAGAAAAUGCCUAUGACUGAAGUGGCUAAAGCUGCCAGUAAGAAAGGGAUAGCUCCGCAUGUUCGUAACCUUGUAUUUGAGAUAUGCUGCUCUGAUGAUCAGGGGGAAGAUGUCGAGGUCCCUUACAUUAAAUAUAACUUCAAAUGAAGCGCUCAACUCUGUAUCAUUGAUAUUAAAUUUAAUCAUAAUACUGUAGAUGCAGUUUUUGGUAUUAAUUUGUGAUACUUUGUUUUCACUAUUUUAAUUGGUUUAGUUAACAA